AUGACCCUCCCAGUCCUCAUCAUCGGUGCCGGUCUAGGCGGCAUCACCAACCUACGCACACAAGGCUACCGUCUAAAAAUCACCGAGCACGGCACAAACGCUCUAAAAGAAGCCUUAACUCCGGACCUCUUCACUCUCUUCGAACAAACAUGCGCCACAACAUCUGGGUUCGGCGUACGGGUGACACCAGACGGUAUACCCAUUCCUUUUGGAGAAAAUGGUCCCCCAAAACCACCGGCUAUGCUUUCAGGUAAAUCAUACACCGUGGACCGUAGUAAAUUCCGCGUAGCACUCCUCACCGAACUCUCGGAGCACGUUUUCUUCGGCAAGAAGUUCGUAUGCUAUGAAAUUUCGGAUUCAGGUGUCACCGUCACCGCCUUUUUCGCAGAUGGGUCUGUGGUAAAAGAAUCUCUCCUCGUCGGUGCGGACGGUGUACACGCCCGAGUGCGGAAGCAGUAUCUUCCCACGUUUCCUGGUAUUGAUACGGGGAUGAGAAUUGUUUUUGGGAAAACGCCUAUCACAUCUGAGCUUCUGGAUUCCAUGCCGCAGGAGUAUCAGACUGGGAUGAGUCUUGCGUCGGCCCCGGGUGAUAAAGCGGAGCCGACGCUUAUGUGGGAGGCUAUUCGGUUCCCGGGAUUUGUUGAGACGCUAGAAUUGCCAGAUCCGUAUAUGUAUUGGGUGCUUGUUCUUCGUCGCGAAUGUCUUCAAUUGGAGGCGAGCCAUUGGCGAUUUGGGUCGGGUGAAGCGGCGGAUUUGGCGAAGCGGCUCACUGGGUCGUGGGUUCCUGGUGUGCGGAGUGUGGUUGAUUUUCAAGAUCGGAGUCAGUCGUCUAUUCGGUCGCUUUUGUUUGCUGAGCCUGAGAUUCAGGCAUGGGAGCCUUCUGCGCAAGUGACGCUUCUUGGGGACGCUGUUCAUGUGAUGCCUCCGACGGGGGCUAUGGGUGCUAAUACUGCUUUGCGGGAUGCGGCUGAUUUGGCGCGGCGUAUCGUUGCGGUUGGUGUUGAGAAGGUGGAUGGUCAGGUUAUUGGGGAGUAUGAAGCUGGUAUGCGUGUGUUUGCUAGGUUGAGGAUUGAUUUGAGUUGGCAGGGUGGUAUAAAGAGUUUUGGGCUCAGACCUGUGGAGGAAUGCGAGAAAAUUGUCCUGUAA